CUGUCCUAAGUGAUAAGAUUGGCAGUGAAUUUCUCAAUCUACUAUCAUUCCAGCAAUUUCAGAUCCUUCAUUCAAAACACGACAUUGAGAAAUGUAAAAAACUGUUUAUACAUGGUCUUCCUGGAACUGGGAAAACAGUUAUGGCUGAACAUCUCGUCAGAAGAAUUAUCAACACCUUCCACUGUACAAGAGAUGAAGUUCUUUACAUUUGUGAAAAUAGUCCAUUGCAGAUAUUUAUGAGCCGAAGAUUGAAAUGUAUGUGUGUUACAAGGAAAACGUUUAUGAAAGAUGAGUUUCCAAAUGUGAAACAUAUCGUCGUUGAUGAGGCGCAAAACUUCCGUAAUAAAGAUGGUGCCUGGUAUAAUAAGGCUCAGGCUCUCAGAACAAACAAAGAAACGCAUCCUAAUGGACCAGGAGUCUUCUGGAUUUUCGUGGAUAAUUUCCAAACUUCCCACAUUUUUCCGACUGGAUUACCCACAAUUGAUGAUCAGGAUCCGAAAGAGGAGUUGACUAUAGUGGUUCGGAAUGCAAAGAAAAUACACAAUGUUGUCCUUGAACAUGUCAAUAAGACUUUAAAAUCUAGGAUAGAAGGAUCUAGAUUUCUGGAAAAGCUAGCUCAAAGUACCAUAUGCAAUCACUCAUUUGCUGGGGAGGCUGAAAUAAAUAAUGAAAUGACACAAAUGGAGAUUGUUAACCACAUAGCAGAGCAAAUACAAUCGUACAUUAAAGAAGGCUAUGCACCUGAAGAUAUAGCCAUCCUGUGCAGUAAUAACAAUGAAUGUGAAAAUUACCAUGAUUUACUACAUGUAAAGCUUGAACAACAAAUUGUAAAAGCAGAGAAUAUACUGGAAAAUGCUAUUGUCCUAGAUAGUUUGCGCCGAUUUUCAGGCCUAGAGAGGACAAUUGUAUUUGCCAUCAACCCUGUACCUCAUUCAUCACAGAGCGUACUAACUUCUAACAUUGUGGUCUGUGUGGCAUCGCGAGCAAGGACAAAACUUCAUAUAUUUUAUGAAGUUCCCUUUUGGCUCUAUGCAAAAUAAUUAAAUCUGAAGUUGCAUUUAAAGGGGUGGGAUAAUUAUUGAUGAUACAACAAGCCAAUUCUUAACAUUUAACAUGGGGGUGGCAGUACAGGGUGGGUGUUGCUUCAAAGAGUGCAGUUUCUAACAGAAUGCAAAAGUUUUGACUUUUUUUAAGAGAUAAGAGCUGUUUUUUGGUAUUUUAAUUAAGGCAGGAUUAAAUUAAUAAACGGCUGCACUUGAACGGAGUGUAGAUUAGGACAGUGCUAAGUCCCUGAAUGAGAAGGCAGUGCUGUACUCUGACAUUUAUAGUUUAAACCGGAAAACAAAUGUUUCUUAGAGUUAAUAGACAAUUUAUUUACGUUGUGGGGGAUGGCUGAAACCUACAGUUUCUGCAGCAUGUGGUUAUUCAGGACACCACAA